AUGCCCGCCCGACCUCCUUCUCUUCCCCUGCGGUCUCGCUGCCUUCUUCGCUCGCCACAGCAUCGCCAACCCUUCUCGACGCAGAGCUCGCUCCGUAGCGCUCAUGGUGACCACUACGACCCUCCAACCGGAUGGCUUUGGGGAGUAAAGCCCGGCCAUAAAUACGUCAAGGAGGGAUGGGAAGGCCUAUGGACGUAUGGGUUUGUCGGUAGCCUGCUUCUUGCUGGCGUCGUGUAUUCUUUCAAACCUGAUACUUCGAUACAAACGUGGGCGCUCGAAGAAGCUAGAAGGCGACUCGAGAGGGAAGGCAUCCUUGAAGACUCCGAUGUUGCCCAAAAGAAAUAACCCAACUGUCUGCACUCUAAUCCCGAUGUAUAUAGAGCUUUCAUCCUACGCGGAAGUGAAAAAGAAGAAAGCGAUAAGGAGAUCCCGUUCCCUAUAUCAAUUGUCGGACAUUUCGCACACAAAUUCGGUAUUGUGGGAAGAAUGAGAGAGAGGGAGUGAAAUUGUUUUUUCCCCCUUGGUUUCGAAUUAGCUCUUUACGAUGCAUGUUUCGGGCAUUGUUGCCAUGUCUAUUUCUUUUCGUCUUUUGUUUUGUUUUCCUUAUUCUUGGCGGCAUAAUUGAAAUUACCUUUCCAGCUGUAACUAGAUCAUAAUUCGGGUGAUGGGUCAUCAGCUAAAGCGGAAUUCCAAACCAAAAAGGUCCCCUACCAGCGACACGGUUGGCCCUAACUUGCCAAGGUGAGCAGGCGCGAAGCAAACGCCUGCAGACAUGCCCCUAAAAGUCGAAUAUGGUUCAUUGCCGUUGGUUGGAAUGGGCCAAUC